CAGGAAAAGCCAAGGCAGGGAGAGCAGCAGCAAAGAGUCCCAGGGUACAGAAUAGAGUGGGCUUCAGGAAAAGUGCCCAGGUGGAUGCAAAAACCUGAGAGCCAACAUGACAGCCCUGCUCUUUCUGUCUUCUGUCCUCUGUAUCAUUGGAUCUAUCACCCCGGUCUCCACGCUGCCCCCUACAGACCCCCCGCUGAUCCCCGGUCACCCAUUCGUGGCUAUUUGGAACGCUCCCACUGACAAGUGUCAACAGCUCCACAUCCCACUGGACACUGCAGCCUUCCAGGCGGUGACCACGCCCGACUUAGUCCCGGGUCAGUUCCUCACCAUCUUCUACAAGGAGCGCCUCGGCCUCUACCCUGCAGUCGACACCGACAAACACAUAACCCACUUAGGUGGAGUCCCUCAAAAGGGGAACUUGACAGAGCACCUGGCAAAAGCUAAGGGCCAAAUAGAUUACUACAUCUCCCAGGAGCCUUCUCCUGGACUGGCAGUCAUAGACUGGGAGUCCUGGCGCCCCCUUUGGGACCUGAACUGGGGAUCGAAGCGCAUCUAUCAGAAGCUGUCCAUAGCUCGAGCCAUAGAGAUGGUUCCCUUUUUAACAAUGAACAAAAUCCAGAAAUUUGCCAAGAGCCACUUCCAGGAUGCCGCGCGGCGCUUCAUGGAGAGGACUCUCAGCCUCGGGAUCGGAGAGCGUCCGAGCUGCCUCUGGGGCUUCUACUUGUUCCCCGAAUGCUACAACUACAACUGGAGGAAGAGCGAUUACACGGGGAAGUGCUCGGCGAAGACCCAGAAGAAGAACAACCAGCUACUGUGGCUGUGGGACCGCAGCACCGCCCUCUUCCCCUCGAUAUACCUCAACCUGGACCUGAGGGACUCCCCCAAGGCGACACUGUUCGUCCGCAACAGAGUCCAGGAGGCAGUGAGGGUGGCAAAGCUGCCAACACAUCCAUACACUGCUCCCAUCUACGUCUACUCCAGACCCCUGUACCGGAACCAGACCCAGUUCUACAGCAAGACAGACCUGGUGAGCACUAUAGGAGAGUCUGCAGCUCUGGGAGCUUCAGGGAUCGUCAUGUGGGGAGCAUCCAAAGACUUCAACAACAAGGAAACCUGCCAGUCUUUGUCCAAGCACCUGGAGUCCACCUUGAACCCUUACAUCGCCAACGUGACGGCGGCCGCCAUGCUGUGCAGCGAGGUCUUGUGUCAGGGGAUGGGUCGCUGCGUCAGGAAGAACUACGACUCCGCCCACUACCUGCACCUGAGCCCCGCCCACUUCAGCAUCAAGAAGGCUGAGGGGAAGUACGUGGCGGUCGGUCUUCCUUCUGCUGACGACCUGGACGCCUGGGCCGGAAACUUCACCUGUCAGUGCUACAGGGGGUCGAGCUGCUCGCCAAAACUGCUGCGUCCAACCGCAGUCAGACGCAUCUGGGUUUAAUCUGAAGUGCAAUGCAAAUUUAGAGAGACACAUUUUAACAUUUUAUAAAACAAAAUGAAGUUAAAACACUUUUACUAAGAACAAAACAAACUACCCAG